GGGCCUCGCGGGGCGAAAGGACAACAACAACCCGCACCCCCCCCCCCCCCCAACCCCCACACCUUACCCCCCUCCCCCUCGGGGGGACAGAGACAGAGACAGAGACAGAGGGGGCGGCAGCAGGAACCGCCGUGAAGGGAAGGUGAAAUGUCCCUGUACGAUGAUUUGGGGGUUGAGACCAGCGACUCAAAGACAGAGGGCUGGUCAAAAAAUUUCAAACUCCUUCAGUCUCAGCUGCAGGUGAAGAAAGCUACGCUUACACAAGCGAAGACCCAGCGCUCAAAGCAGAGCACAGUUUUAGCUCCAGUUAUAGACCUCAAACGAGGCACCUCUGGGGAUGACAGGCAGAUCGUUGACACACCACCUCAUAUAGCAUCUGGCUUAAAGGAUCCAGUACCAAGUGGAUUCUCUACAGGAGAGGUUUUGAUCCCAUUGGCUGAUGAGUAUGACCCCAUGUACCCAAAUGACUAUGAGAAAGUUGUGAAACGACAGCGCGAGGACAGACAACGACAGCGUGAGCUGGAACGGCAGAAAGAAAUUGAAGAAAGGGAAAAACGAAGGAAGGAAAGACAUGAACAACCUAGUGGGUUUUCGAGAAGACCGGAUCCAGAGUCAGAUGAAGAUGAUGAUGAAAGAGAAAAAGAAAGGAGAAAAAGAAGUAUGGGAGGAGCAGCAAUUGCCCCACCUUCAUCACUUGUCGAAAAGGACAAAGAACUUAUUCCACCUUUCCAGUAUGAGGAUGAAUCCAGAUCUCGAAGUGCACCGAGCAAGGCUGCAAUUCCCCCUCCAAUUUAUGAAGAACCUGAGAGACCACGAUCCCCACCUGGUCCCACCAACUCUUUCAUUGCAAAUAUGGGAGGCACAGUGGCACACAAAAUUAUGCAGAAAUAUGGCUUCCGCGAAGGCCAAGGCCUAGGGAAGCACGAACAAGGGUUGAGCACUGCACUGUCAGUGGAGAAGACAAGCAAACGAGGAGGAAAGAUUAUUGUCGGCGACAGUGCAGAAAAAGUAGAAAUGCCUGCCACCACCAAGAAAUCAGAAGCAAACCCAUUGACGGAGAUCUUGAAAAAUCCCACAAAAGUGGUCUUAUUACGGAACAUGGUGGGGGCUGGAGAAGUCGAUGAUGACCUGGAAGGUGAAACCAAGGAAGAGUGUGAAAAGUAUGGAAAAGUGUCCAAAUGUGUCAUAUUCGAGAUUCCUGGGGCGCCGGAUGAUGAGGCAGUCAGGAUAUUUGUCGAAUUUGAGAGGGUAGAAUCUGCAAUUAAAGCUGUUGUUGACCUGAAUACAAGAUACUUUGGUGGCAGAGUGGUGAAGGCGUGUUUCUACAAUCUGGAUAAAUUCCGCCAGCUGGAUCUUGGUGAUCUUUUCUAAAGACAUGAAUUGAAAACGUUACAUCACAACAACAUUCUGCAUACAGUGUAAACACCCCCUAGGUGUGCAGUUGUGAAGGAUCGGAAGAAGAAUUAAUUCUGAAAUGAUACGACCAUCUUUAAUUGUAGCUGGCGUUAUAUUUUUCCUUUCUUCACGUCUUCAAGACAAGAUCUUGUUUCUUCCCAUGGAUGCACAGAGAGAUGGGUUUAACAUCAAAAGUCACUCAGAAUUUCUGUUCGCUGGCCAGUGUGACAUGUUUCCAAUAUGCUCAUUUCCUUUUGAUUGGGAGGACACUAGAGUUACUUUGUAGAAUUUUCCAUCAGAAUUUACUUUGACUGUCAAAGAUUCUAGAGUUUACUUUUGCCAGUUUCACUUGACUAAUGGUUGGAUGGUGACCUGAUCCAUAAACAAGUUGUAUUUUUAGAAAAUAUUUUCUUGCAUCAGCUUGAACUCUUGCGGAUCUUGUUGAAGUUGGUGGUGAUGAUGGAGACAUUAUUAUUCUACCUGUUCAGUCACUCCUUCCCUUCAGUGACUAUUACUUGUGACAGAACUUGUAAAAUGUUAGACUUAUUCAGCUUUCAGUGAAAUGAUAUGAUUCUGAAGAAAAUAAUUAUACUGGAACUAUUAUUUGAUUACACAGUGUGCUCAUAAAAUAUCAGUAUCCAGUUGGAGGCAUUGCAGUUUCUUGCUUAGUUGUCAUUAUUUCUUUUUUUAAUUUCAGAAUUCAUUGAUGAGAAGCAAGCUAGUGGCAGAAAAUCUUAAAUGAUUGGAAUAAUUUCUGUAAAUUACGUUGUGUUUUAGCUAUGACUGUUUGGAUCUUCAGCUUUAUAAAGGGGUUAUGAUGAA